AUGCCCGACAAGUCGUCGACGGUUGUUUCGUAUGCUGCCGGAGCCUCUCUCGCCGCCGUUGCCCUCAUCUACGUCUUCGGGCCCAACUUCACCAUCGAUCAUGAAUCCAGCUCCAAGAAGAAGACGGUCGUAGGUCUGCGGAACCAGGCCAACGACUGCUUCAUCAACUCUGUCCUCCAGGUCCUCGCCGGUCUCGGCGACCUCCGCGUCUAUCUCAUCCGCGAAACCCACCGUCGCAGCAUCGAAGAUGCCGCCGUCUACGCGAAUCUCGUACAACCCGAGGGCACCGCCAGGCUGGAGCAGUGGAAGCUGCGGGGCCUGCAGGACGGCCUGGUGACACAGGGCCUCAAAGACAUGCUGGACGCCCUCAACGAGCGGCCCAUCUACAGGAAGUCCGUGUCGCCGUUUCCCUUUGUCAAAGUGCUCGAGGCCGCCUUCAAGCAGCGCAUCAGCAGGCAGCAGCAGGACGCCCAGGAGUUUCUGCAGAUUGUCGCCGAGCGUCUCAAGGACGAGUACCACGCCGGCCAGCGCGCGAGGCUUCACGCGCGCGGGAACGGGCUCUUGCACGCCGCCGCGAGCCGCACGGAUAGCCCCGUCGACGGCGCCGCCGCCAAGGACCCAGACGAGGAAGCUACCGUCGGCGACGGCGCAAACGAGGUCGGCGGGAACGACGACGCCGAGUCCGAGACGUGCUCGCCCAUCUCACAGGAGGCACCCGGUACCCAAGUGCAGCUGCAGACACAGCCUGAGCUGGAAGAAGGGUUCCCCAUGGAAGGGAAGUACGAGUCGCAUCUCGAGUGUCAAACGUGCGGAUACAAGACCAAGCCCCGAGAGGAGACGUUUUGCACUCUGACCCUCGCCGUUCCGCAGGUCUCGUCGACAUCACUAAACGCGUGCUUCGACGGCAUCUUCAAGACGGAGUACAUUGACGACUUCAAGUGUGAGAUGUGUCGGCUGUUGCACGUCAAGGCCAACCUGGAGCACGAAGUGGCCCGGUCGACCUCGGGGAGCUUCAUAGCCCAGGCCAAGGACAGCAUCACCAAAGUGCAAGCGGCCAUGGACGCGGAUCCCGGACAGCCCCCCGAGGGCGUGGACCUCGGCGACAUUCGAUAUGCGCCGAAGCGCAGGAUAGCCAAAACGACGCGCAUGUCCAUCUUCCCCAAGAUCCUGGCCAUCCACCUGUCGCGCUCCAUCUACGGCGUCGGCCAGAUGAUGCAGAAGAACUCUGCCAAGGUGGCGUUUCCCGAAGAGCUGCCCCUGGGCGGGCUCGCAGACCAGCACAGCUACAAGCUGCUCGGCACGGUGACGCACCGCGGCGGCCACAACAGCGGCCACUACGAGGCCUUCAGGCGGCAGAACCAGCCCUCGCCCUACCACAACGCAAACACCUUCCAGCGGUCCGACGUCUACAGCCGGACGCCCACGCCCGUGUCCACGCCCGAGAUGGCCGGCCGCCCGUCCCACAGCCCGGCCAUGUCGACCCCCGACCUGCUCUCGCCGUCGCCGGCAGCCAACUCGUCCACGCCGUCGCUCUUGUCCGUGGCCACGCCGCCUCGCAGCGUCCCAGCAGCAGAGGCCACCGGCUCGCCCCCUCCCCCGCCCCCCUCCUCCUCCGGCUCGUCCGCCGGCACGCCCCGAGAAAAGGACAUCGACACAACCAGCCUCCGAUCCGUCGCGGCCUCUACCAAGUCGGCCCUCUCCAAGUUGGCCGCCGCCCCCAAGACCACGGAGCUCAGGAAACACGGCUCCAACGGGGCCCCCAGGCGGCCGAAGCACCGGAAGCCAGCGGCCGACAAGUGGUGGCGCGUCAGCGACGAAAAGGUCCGCGAGGCCAAGACCAGCGAGGUCCUUGGCAUGCAAAGGGAGGUUUACCUAUUAUUCUACGAGCUAGAGAGGUGA